UGUCUCGUGUAUCUGUAGCGGAGCGUUUUUAGCCCGUGGUCUGGUUUCAGUCCAGUUGGACUAGUGACAGCAGCGUGUCUCACAUCAACUGAUUUCCACUGUGAGUGACCAGAGAAACCGAAGAGCAUGUCUUUAACAAAUGGCCACACUGUGAGCAAAGAAACAUGGGUUUCGCACAACAAGAUGAUGCUGGAGCCUCUGUCAAUCAAUGACUCUGAGGUGUUCUCCAUCAUAAAAAAAGAGAAGCACAGGCAGACGUACGGUCUGGAGCUGAUAGCUUCUGAGAACUUUGCCAGCAGAGCUGUUCUUGAGGCUCUGGGUUCCUGCAUGAACAACAAGUACUCGGAGGGAUAUCCCGGCCAGAGGUACUAUGGUGGUACCGAGCAUGUUGAUGAGCUGGAGAGACUCUGCCAGAAGAGGGCGCUGGAGGCCUAUGGUCUGGACUCAGCAAAAUGGGGUGUCAACGCGCAGCCGUACUCGGGUUCACCCGCUAACUUUGCCGUCUACACGGCCAUUGUGGAGCCCCAUGGCAGGAUCAUGGGGCUGGACCUUCCUGAUGGAGGUCACCUGACACACGGCUUCAUGACUGAGAAGAAGAAAAUCUCAGCAACGUCCAUCUUCUUUGAGUCCAUGCCGUAUAAGGUGAAUCCAGAGACUGGCUACAUUGACUAUGACAGACUACAAGAAAACGCCCGGCUGUUCCACCCAAGACUCAUCAUUGCAGGAACAAGCUGCUAUUCCCGCAACCUUGACUACGGCCGCCUAAAGCAGAUCGCUAAUGAGAAUGGUGCGUAUCUGAUGGGAGACAUGGCUCACAUCAGUGGAUUGGUGGCUGCUGGAGUGGUGCCUUCACCCUUUGAGCACUGUGACAUUGUUACCACGACAACGCACAAGACGCUGCGUGGCUGCCGCGCCGGACUCAUCUUCUACAGGAAAGGCGUGCGGAGUGUGGAUGCCAAGGGGAAGGAGACUUUGUACAAUUUGGAGUCUUUGAUUAAUCAGGCUGUGUUUCCUGGGCUGCAAGGUGGACCACACAACCACGCUAUUGCAGGUGUUGCUGUAGCUCUCAAACAAGCCGUGACACCAGAGUUCAAGGCCUACCAGAUGCAGGUUCUUGCUAACUGCAAAGCUCUAUCCAGUAGCCUUAUUGACCACGGCUACAAGAUUGUAACUGGCGGCUCUGACAACCAUCUGAUCCUGCUGGACCUGCGCAGCAAAGGAACUGAUGGAGGACGGGCGGAGAAGGUUUUGGAAGCCUGUGCCAUUGCUUGUAAUAAGAACACCUGUCCAGGAGAUAAGAGUGCUCUGCGCCCUAGUGGUCUGAGGUUUGGCUCUCCAGCUCUGACCUCCAGAGGCUUGGUGGAGGAUGACUUCAAGAAGGUGGCUGAGUUCAUUCACAGCGGUAUUGAGCUGACCUUGCAGGUGCAGGGAAGCCUGGAUCCCAAGGCCAAUCUAAAGGAGUUCAUUCAGGCACUGGCCCAGGGAGAGAAGUUCCAGCAGCGGGUAGCAGAAAUCCGGGCAGAGGUGGAGGCUUUCGCUGGCCAAUUCCCCAUGCCCGGCCUACCUGAGCUGUAGAGGGCGACGGUUUAGACAAUGACCGAUGCUGGACUGAUGAUUAUAACAAACAAUAUAAUGCCAAAUCUUUGUGUGUGUAUAUUUGUUUUGAGUGUACACACCUGUUUAAUCUGUCACUACACAAAUCAAAACACUUCCUUAUGACUUCCCAGCAGUUCAGUUUCAGCUUGAAACAGAUUUGUCUUAAUAGAAAGAUAGAUUUGAAGACUUUGUCAUCCAGUUAUCCAGUGUUGUUACAGUACCUUUGUUGUAUGAGAUAGGGUUUUGGAUCUCUGUUAUGAUCACAUUUAAACUUUAAUCUAGUCAGAAAUCACCAUUUCGUUUGUAUUAAAUGUACAAUUCCAAAGUUUUCUUACAGACAGUACUGCAGAUUUAAACAUGAAGUGCACUGUGACUUUCAUACGUAAGCAUCUUAGAUCAAACUGUAUGCAGAAUUAAUACAACUGAAUUAAACAGCUACUGUGUUAUAUC